UGUAGGCACCCCGACAAAAACAAGGACCCGGGAGCAGAAGACAAAUUCAUCCAGAUUAGCAAGGCCUACGAGAUUCUCUCCAACGAGGAAAAGAGGGCGAACUUUGAUCGCUACGGAGAUGCCGGGGAAAGCCAGGGCUACUCUCAGCACCAGCAUCGCCAGUUCCACCACUUCCAUGAAGGCUUCUAUUUUGACGAGUCCUUCUUCCAUUUCCCCUUUAAUUCGGAGAGGCGCGACACCUCCGACGAGAAGUAUUUGCUCCAUUUUUCCCACUAUGUCAAUGAAAUCGUGCCAGAUAGUUUCAAGAAACCUUACCUCAUUAAAAUCACCUCGGACUGGUGUUUCAGCUGCAUCCACAUCGAGCCCGUGUGGAAGGAAGUCGCUCAGGAAUUGGAGGCGCUGGGAGUGGGAAUCGGAGUCGUUCACGCUGGGUACGAAAGGCGCCUCGCCCAUCACCUAGGUGCGCACAGCACACCGUCCAUACUGGGGCUCAUCAACGGGAAGAUAACCUUCUUCCACAACGCCGUCAUUCGAGAAAACCUGCGGCAGUUCGUGGAGGACCUCCUGCCGGGGAAUCUCGUAGAAAAGAUUACAGAUAAAAACUACAUCCCCUUUCUCUCCAACUGGAAGAAGGAAAACAAGCCCCACGUCCUUCUAUUUGAUCAUAUGCCAGCUGUGCCAUUAUUAUACAAGCUGACUGCCUUUGCAUACCGAGAUUACUUGUCCUUUGGUUAUGUGUACGUCGGACUCCGAGGCACUGAGGAGUUGUCCAGUCAGUACAACAUCAACGUCUACACUCCCACCAUGAUGAUCUUCAAGGAGCACAUCGACAGGCCCGCUGAUGUUGUGCAGGCACGAGAUAUGAAGAAGCAGCUCAUCGACGACUUCCUUUCCCAGAAUAAGUUCCUCAUGGCAGCCAGACUCACCAACCAGAGGCUGUUCCAGGAGCUGUGUCCCGUGAAGAAGUCUCACCGUCAGCGAAAGCACUGUGUGGUCUUACUUACCGGAGAAGGCGAUAAGUUUGCCGAGGCUUAUGAGGCAUUUUUGACUUUUGCUGUGGCGAACACAAAAGACACGCUGAAGUUUGUGCACAUCUAUAAUGAUCGGCAGCCGGAAUUUGCUGACACCUUGCUGAUGGACGAGGAGAAGUAUCGGGGAAAAUCAGUGGUGGUCAUUUUGGAGAGACGCAAUAACGCAGGGAAGAUCGCCUAUAAAACCUUGGAGGAGGCCUGGCAAGGCAGCAAAGAGGACAACUUCAUCCUCCUGGAUCUCCUGGACCAGCUGAGGACAGACCCCGGCCUUCUCUCUUCAGAGACUGUCCUGGCAGACUUGAAUGAUGAACUCGCUCCCAUGUUCCUUAUCCGAUGGCUCUACUCCAUGCUGGAUUACAUCUCGGACUGCUGGGACAGUUUGUUUCAUAGUAACUGGCGAGAAAUGAUGCCGCUGCUGUCCCUGCUCUUCUCUGUGCUCUUCAUUCUCUUUGGCACCGUUAUUGUUCAGGCUUUCAGUGAUUCGAGUGAUACAAGGGACUCUCCUCCCUCUGAGAAAGAAGAAACUGCCGCAAAGACCGAGAAGAACGACGCGAGCUUCAGCAAAGAGAGUAACAGCAGGAUUCCCAAAAAGGGCUUCGUCGAGGUGACUGAGCUAACGGACAUCAACUAUAACAGCAACUUGGUACGCCUGAGGCCGGGUCACAUGAACGUGGUCUUGAUCCUGUCCAACUCGACCAAAACCAUCCUCCUCCAGAAGUUUGCCCUGGAAGUCUACACGUUCACAGGGAGCAGCUCUCUUCAUUUCUCCUUCCUCAGCCUGGACAAGCACCGAGAAUGGCUGGAGUACCUGUUAGAGUUUGCGCAGGAUGCGGCCCCCAUCCCAAACCAGUACGACAAGCAUUUCCUUGAGCGCGACUACACGGGCUACGUCCUGGCUCUGAACGGCCACAAGAAAUACUUCUGCCUCUUUAAGCCUCACAGAUCGGGGGAUGAGGGGGGAACCCUGGGAUCGUGUGAGGAUUACGAUUCCUCGCUACACACAGAAGCCAGAGGGAAAUCCUCCUGCAGCCCGGGCUCUAGAUCCAUUAAAAACAAAUUACACAAAUUGUCCUUUUGGAUGGAACGCCUCCUAGAGGGUUCCUUACAGAGGUUCUAUAUCCCCUCGUGGCCCGCACUAGACUGAGGGAUUUUAAAGAGAUUCUAACGGACAAACUUUUUAUGAAGAUGACAAGGGACAGCUCUUUCCAGGAACACACAAACAAGCGCGACGAAUGGACCUUAGGUUUUAGAUGAACUCUCCUAGGGCCGGCGACUAGAAAAUAUCUCCCCGCGUCUGGCGCCCGGGAGCGCAGCCAAGCGCACCAAAAUUCCCUCCACCGACUCCUUCGUGCGUUCAGAUGCCGUACUACCGAAAAGCCAAGAAGUUCGUUUUUCCCUUCUGUCCUGCCGCAUCUGCUUCCCGAGUCGCCCCCGUUCCACCUCUCGUUUUACCUCGGUUGAAGAAAAACCCGUGACUUCUCUGCCACGGUGACUCGGUCCGGACCCAACGCGGCCGGUGAUGCAGGUCGGGUCGUGGUUCUCUCUCCCCUUCCCCGUGUGCUUAGCCCAUGGUGCAUGGCGUAACAGUGGCGAGACCCUGCAGACCCUCCCAGGCCCUGCCCUUCCGAAAGGCCUCCCACCAGGCAGUCGUACUUUAUCGGCUUUCCCCGUGGUAAGUGAUCUGGAGUAUGGUCGGGAGCAUCUCCCUCGUAGCAAACCUGUAGCUGGGACUCACCUGUGGUGCGGGCUAGUAGGCGAUCUGCAUGUUUCAUGCUCCUCGUGUCAUAGUUCCACGUGCAGCUUCACCGGCUAAACCGGCGAGGGAAGGGGUUUUGCACGGCCCUAAAUACUGUAAAGGUGUUGAGCCAUUUAAAUGUCACAUUGAUUUUUCAGAUGCCUUUCUGCUUCUGUCGAUUUUAGACGAUGUAUCCUAGAGCCAUAACUAACUGUGUCCUCAGAUUGUAGGCGUGAGCUGCUAUGAGCCAGUAGAUGUGUAAAAGAAACUCUACCUAGCUGCUAGGGAGUCGGUCCGGGCUCCUUUCAAACGCCCUUACAUCUGUAGUACAAACCAACCUUUCUUUGUAUCAAGGAACCUAAUUCUUCGAGGAUUGUAUUCCUGAAAUGUUGCCCCAGAAGUGCUGUAUCAUCAGACCGUCGCUUAGGUGUGAAACUCCUUUUUGUUUAGGCGUGGGUUUAAGACGCUUGGUUUCGGCCUCCCGCCUGUUUCCUUCUUGCCACGAACCUUUGUUUCUCAACAUGCAGGCUGCUGCCUUGGUUUUUUUGUUUGUUUGCGUUGUUUUUUGGGGGUUUUUUUGCCUUUUUGAACUCACAGGUCCGUGUGAAGCUAGAACAGUCGUGAAGUGCAGGGUUUGGUUUAUGCUUUGCUCUAGCAGUGCUCCAACAGCCACUUUCAACACCGCGGGGGGAACGGGUGGCCCUUUGUAAGGCGGAGGGAAGGCGAGCAGCAGACUCGCGGCUGCUUUCCACUCCUCAAGCGAUAAAGCCAAGCAGCAGCGUUUCUCUUCGCGGCCGGGACUGAAAUCCUGUGGGGCUUGUUCUUCUAUUUCACUGCUCCAGGGCAGACACUGUCGCCCGGGCUGGUACUUGCUGCGCCUCCUCCCGCUGCUCUGCGCAGGACCUGAGCCCCCGUGGUACCAAGUCGCUGUUAGGCUACAGCAUUGCCAAAGCACGGGGAUCUGAGCAGGGUGGCCUUUGCCACAGGGCUCUGAACCUGAUGGCAGAGCACGUGGUCGAGCACCUGGGGUUAAUUAAAAGCUCACUCGGUUGCCACCUUAGUUACCAUCUUAGCAGAGCAGCCAGUUAGCAGGAAUAACUAUGCCAAUCUCUGAGCUAGCUGCCGAUCCCAUGCGAAAUCCGGGAAUGCUCAAGCCAUUUUACUGCCUACGUGACCUGGUUGCUCACAAACCCUUGGCUUGCUGCAUUCCUCCCCGCCCUGGGAGCAGACUGGCGUGCUUCGACCACCACAGGUAUCUCAAACACCGUGUAUAACGUACUUCCAAAUAAAGGCUACGAUGCU